AUGUCACAAGAGGAUGCCGUGCAGGAUCAGGUUACGCUCUAUGAGUCCAGCACUCAACUCGCUACCCUCACAACGCUCCCUCGGACUGACAGCAGAGGGGGUCAAGAGGUGACCUCUACGUACAUCGACGAAAUUGUGCCCAUAUUGAACCUAUCGGACUGUGAAGAAGAACAUCUCACAAACCUCUUCUACUCAAAUUUCCAUCCAGCACACCCGAUCCUGGUGCCAAGAACCUUCUAUCGCAAGGAAGCUGUUCCACGCUACCUGCGGCUGGUGAUCUGCUUCGUUGGGAGUCAUUAUGCCACAGGUCGCCAUAGUCGAGACAGCCUUGCACCGGUCGUAGCACAGGCGAUGACGAGUACCAUUGACUGCACCGCAUCUCGUGUACAAGCAUUAGUACUCUACACAAUCGUCUUGCAUGCCUCGCACCAAGCUAGAGAGGCAUCGUCGUGUAUUUCAGAAGCAGCGAAAUUGGCCAUUGACAUUGGCCUCGACCGACCUAGCUUUGCAACGGAUAUGGCACCUCACGACCUUCGCCAGCAAGAGAGCUUGCGCCGGAUUUGGUACGAGCUGUACAUUGUCGAUGGCUAUAUGGCUGCUCUCUCAAGACAGCCUAGUUUCCGCAGCAAUAGUGUUGGUACGCAUCCAUACCUACCGUGCGAAGACUCGCUGUAUGCUCGUGGAGUCUGCGACCUCCAUCCUCGAUCACUCGCUCAAUUCGACGAUAGAGUGUUUGCCACGGCACCGUGCACUUUCUCCUCAUACUGCUACCGCAUCGACGCCAUCAGAAUCAUUGCUCGAGUGUUAGCUGUUGCGGGUGCAAACGACGCAUGUCCGGACGAAGUACAAGCGGUGGACAAUGCCAUUGCGAGCUGGAAGUACCAUCUUCCAUCCAACAAAGCCGACGUGAUCGAUCAAUAUGGCAAUGUGGACCACAUGCUUUUCCAGGCCAACGUCUUUAUACAAUGGGCAACAAUCCUUCUCCACUUUCCACGAAGUGACCUACCCAUGACCGUACCAACAGACGAGAAUCUGGCAUGCGCAAAGGAUCUUCCUCGUAUUUCCGCAACGUCGGCUCAGCAUACUGUGAAAGCUGUAGCGGCCUCAAAGGAGCUCUCGAAUCUUGCAGCGCUACCGUGGUGCGUUACACUCUCAGCAUGCUCGAGCCACGCCCGAACGUGCCUUCAACAACAUCGUGAUCGUGUCACGCUUAUGAUAGGCGCUCUGAAGACGCUUGGCAAGACAUGGGCGGUAGCGAGGAAUGCCUUGCAGCAUUUGAUGAAAGUGGCACACAAUAUUUUCUGCACUCAGAGUGCUGGGAGUAGUCCGGUAGUGUGCAGUUCUGUCCAUGACAGUGGGAUUGGUCUGGACAGUAUACCCGGUGACAUGUCGUGGUUCGAUUUGUUCUCACUGGAUGAGCUGUCGGGUGGUGUGCCAAUGGGAUUUGGCUUGGGAUCUGGUCCGCUCGAAUCAGCGGCAGCAUAA